CCGAGGAAACAAGUCAAACAUCACUCAGGUACUGGAGGUUCAGAUCCGAGGACCAGAUCUACGAGCCACAGUGGAGCUGCUGACCAUCCUCCCCGGCCAUCAUGGUGACCAAACAGCGCAAGCAGGGCGGCAGGACCGCGGCAGCCCAGCCCGACCGCGACAGGAGCCCCUUUGUUUCUCCCCCCGGCAAAAGUAGCGCCCGGCGCCCGGGCAGGGAGGGCAAGCCCGGCCACGGCCCGCACCCCAACGGCCAGCGGCUGGGACUCACGCCCUCGGCGGCGUGGAGGCUGGGAACCACGUUUCUGCUGGAAUCCUCCUUCACACAUGUCUCCUUCUGCAACUACAGGCAUCACCUGUCACAACUAUUUGAGAAUGACAGGCACUUCUCACAUCUGUCUAAUCUGGAGAAGGAAAUGGCUUUUCGAACAGAAAUGGGUCUCUACUAUUCUUACUACAAAACCAUUAUUGAGGCUCCUUCUUUCCUGGACGGCCUCCACAUGAUCAUGAACGAUCGACUGACAGAGUAUCCCUUGGUUAUUAACACACUGAAGAGGUUCAACCUCUACCCAGAGGUGGUCCUGGCCAGCUGGUACCGCAUGUACACAGGUGUAAUGGGAUUCUUUGGAAUUCCCACAAAGAUGUGCUGGUCCAUAAACCGAGGGGAGGGACUGUCUCCCGUGGACAGCUGUGAAGGGAUGGGUGACCCGGCGUAUUUCUAUGUGACCUGCGUGUUCCUGCUGAACGGUGCCAUGAUGAGUCUGUUCUUCAUCUAUGGUGCGUACCUCAGUGGGAGUCGGCUGGGUGGAAUCGUUACCGCAGUCUGUUUUUUCUUCAAUCAUGGCGAGAGCACUCGUGUGAUGUGGACUCCGCCGCUGAGGGAGAGCUUUGCAUACCCCUUUCUCGUCCUGCAGAUGAUUCUUCUCACCCACAUUUUGCGGACACGGAAUCCGAGCAGAGCAGCCACGGUCGCUCUGGGAAUCUCCAAUUUGUGUUUCAUGCUGCCUUGGCAGUUCGCCCAGUUUGUGCUGCUCACCCAGGUGGCCUCUCUGUUUGCGUCAUACAUCCUCGGUUACCUCGCCGCUACCAAGAUGCAGUCCAUCCUCGUCACUCACAUGAUCACGCUCGGCGUCUGCUUCGUCCUGAUGUUUGGUAACUCCAUGCUGCUCACGUCCUUCCACGCCUCCUCCCUGAUUUCCAUCUGGGUGAUCAUCGCUUUGAGGGACAGAUUUGUUCAAGUCUUCAAACCUGGAAUAAUCAUCUGGGUCAUGCAGGGUCUGGCUUGGGUUGGCUCCACACUUCUGCUCAAAUUCAUGCUCUCCACAGUCCUCGGGGCCUCCGAUGAUGCUCACAUCAGUGGAUUGAUAAAGUCAAAGUUUACGAGCUACAAGGACUUCCACACGCUGAUGUACACGUGUGCUGCUGAGUUUGACUUCAUGGAAUUUGAGACACCGGUACGUUACCUAAAAACCUUGCUGCUGCCGGUCAACCUGCUGGUGGUCACUGUCGUGGCUGUCAGGACUUUUCAGGACAUAAUCCACACUCUGAGGCAGGAGAGGACGGUGUCUGUAAGUGAAGACACUGAUGAAGCUGCGGGGUCUGAAAUAGUGGCGAAAGGGGAGCUGGUGUACCACAGCCUGCAGCUGGUGGCCUUUACCGUGCUGGCCAUCCUCAUCAUGCGCCUGAAGCUCUUCCUCACGCCGCACAUGUGCAUCAUGGCCUCACUGAUCUGCUCCAAACAGUUGUUUGGUUGGAUUGGAGAGAAAUUCAAACACCAGACUGCGGCCUUUGCCAUCAUGACCCUGAUGGCCGUGCAGGGAGUGGCCAACCUGCAGAACCAGUGGGCCAUUAUCGGAGAGUUCAGCAACCUGCCGCAGGAGGAGCUGCUGGACUGGAUCCAGGAAAACACCAGUCCAGAGUCUGUAUUUGCGGGAGCCAUGCCCACCAUGGCCAGCAUCAAGCUGUCCACCAGUCGACCUAUCGUCAACCACCCCCACUAUGAAGACGCCGGCCUCAGAGAGAGAACCAAGCUGGUCUACUCCAUGUACAGCCGCAUGUCCGGGGAAACCGUGAAGAGGAACCUGGGGAAGUUGGGAGUGGAUUUCUUUGUCCUGGAGGAUUCUUGGUGCACCAGGAGAACCAGGCCUGGUUGCAGCAUGCCAGAAAUCUGGGACAUCGAGGAUCCUGAAAAUGUCGGUAAAGUUCCCCUCUGCACCCACAUGUCCAGGAACUCACGACCCCACUUCAUCACGGUCUUUUCUAACGACAUUUACAAAGUCCUCAAAGUCCCUAAAUCUUCCAAAGAUCUCAGAUAACAUUACUGGACAGACAGGACUGCACAAAACAUGUUCGUUCUUUCAACGACUUCUUUCUUUUCUCAUUUCCUUUUUUUAAAUUUGUUUGUUCCCAAAACCAACCCCUGCACUCUCACUUUUUCACGCCUUAUUCCCUGAGGACGAGAAGUAGGCCGUACUUGGCGGCCUCACAGCUCUCAGUAUUUGCGACUGAAAGCGUCUCUCCAGUCAUCCUUUUUGCUGCAUCACUGUGACUCAGUAGCGUCGUCAUUAUGCUCCUGUCGGUGUCCGAGUGAAAGCCAAAAGCUGUUGUAACUUCUGAUUAAUUCUGUCGCAUCGUUUCUGUUACUCUGAUUCCUUAUUUUAAAGGACACUGUUCAUACAUUGUAUUGUUUUUUUUUAAUGUCACUGUAAUUUCCUUUGACUGUUGCCUAAGAAGUAUUGGUUGUCUAGCAGGACCAAUCAGUGAUGUCCACAUACUGUGAAGCAAUAUCCUUUGCAGACUUGACUGACUUCUUCUGUCGUUAUGCACAGUCUUGAUUUCUGAGAAGAUUUUUCAGUAGUACAGUAUUUUUAUAAUUUAUUUGUUCCAGCAUUUUUAUGCAACUUUUCUGUGGUAGGAUCAUUUCUUUUGAACCAAACAGUGUUUUAUCGGUCUUUGGAAAACUGAGCAGAAAACGCUUUUUUUUAAUUGUAGUGCAUAUCAUAAAGUAUUUGUGUGUAGACUGAAUUUACUGGAUUUCAAAUGAGAAAAGAGCCGUUUUCCUUAAUUUAAGAGCAAAAUGGAGUUUUUAUUGCCAAACAUAUGAAACAAAAUGCACAGAUUUCUUCAAAACUGCCCUCUUACAGCUGUUUUGUAAACUGUUGUUUUAUAAAAUACUGAUGUUUAUCUUC